AUGGCUUCUCCAUUUUACUUCAAAUCAUUAUCCUCUACUAAUAAUUCAACUUUCUUACUGAUUCUUGUACUCAUAUUUCCAUGUCUGAAACUAGCUGAAUCCCAAGCAAAACUGUGCAGAACAUCCUGCGGAGAGACACCAAUCAACUAUCCUUUUGGCAUUGAUGAUGGCUGCGGCAGCCCUUAUUACAGACACAUCCUCGUAUGCUCAAACUCGGGACAACUCGAACUCAGAACUCCUUCAGGAAGAUAUCCAGUUACUAAUAUCAGUUAUACGGAUCCUUACAUUCUGGUCACUGAUCCAUUCAUGUGGAAUUGCCAAGACCGUGACAAUUUUCGCCCUACCAGACCCUUUAGUCUAGACACCAGCACUCAUUUGCGAUUAUCCUCUCAGAAUGACUACCUUUUCUUCAACUGUAGUGAAAAUGAUGUGAUAAUGGAACCAAAACCCAUGUUUUGCGAACGUUUUCCCGAACAAUGUGAUUCUACAUGUGACAGUGCUAGUUAUCUAUGCCGGCACUUGCCAAGAUGUGCAUUCGCAUUGCGCGAAAGUUCGUGCUGUUCUUACUACCCCAAGGCAACCGAGUCAUUAAGGAUGAUGCUCAAAUAUUGUGCAACUUAUACUAGUAUAUAUUGGAGAAAUCUUGGUAUUACUCCGGGAUACAAUCAGAUCCCUGAAUAUGGAAUCCGGGUUGAUUAUGAAAUUCCAGUGACUACAAGUUGCCUUCGGUGCCAGGAUAAUGUGAAGGGAGGCGGUGUUUGUGGGUUCGAUACAGAAUCUCAGAACUUCUUGUGCUUGUGUAAGAAGGGAAAUGUCACCACCUACUGUGCAGAUCAAACUUUUCAGCAUACUAGUCCUCGAGCAGUAGCAGGGACUGUGACCGCAGUUUCAGUUGCUGGAGCAUUUGGGAUUGGAGGUGGUGUAUGGUAUCUGAGGAAGUUGAGAGCAAAAGCGCCCGUAACACAUGGUGUUCAAAGCAAUGAGAACAGGCUUUUCUGA